CCUCGCAAACAGGAGCAAGAUUGAAUUUUCAAUGCUGCCACAAGCGCUUUCAGUCCCAGUACUCAAUUCUUCACAACUUCUCUCAGCUUCUGCAUUAAUUGGUACGACUACUAAGAGAGUGAUGUUAGCCAAAAAAACUCGACAAUCCAACUCAGCAACAACUUCUACUCGCAAAACUGGUCCUUUCAAUCCUACAAGCAAGACCCAGAAGCUAAAUGUGGAAGUUUCACCUCACAGAGCUGUGUCUGCUGUUAGGUUGAUGCGAAUAGAGCUUGGUGGUGCUUUUGCUGACCUAUUGAAUGAGCAAGGAAAGGGUUCGGGGGAUAAUGAGAUGCGGUAUGUUGAAAGGACUCUUGGAUUUCGCACUCGAGACUUGGAUGAUAGGGAUUUGAGACUGGUUACCGACAUUGUGGGAGGCACCAUUCGCUGGAGAAGAUAUCUUGAUCAUCUGAUUCUUUCAUUAUGCCAUGAUGAAGACACAUUUAGAGGCAUGGAGCCUCUUCUUUUACAGAUUCUUCGAAUUGGUUUCUAUGAAAUCGUGAAGUUAGAAAUGCCCCCAUAUGCUGUUGUGGAUGAGAAUGUGAGACUGGCCAAGGUCGCCCUCAGACCUGGUGCUGGUAACUUGGUCAAUGGAAUUCUGAGAAAGCUAGUUUUACUCAAGGAAAGUAACACCCUUCCUUCACCAAAAGUGGAGGGUGAUGAUCGUCAGCAAGCACGUGCUCUUGCGACUAUUUAUUCUCAUCCAGUUUGGAUGGUCAGACGCUGGAUAAAAUUUCUUGGGCAUGAAGAAGCAAUUAGAUUAAUGAUAUGGAACAACAGAGAUCCUACUUUCAAUCUGAGGGCAAACAUUAGUAAAGGUUUUCGAAGGGCUGACCUUAUAGAACAGCUUGAAAAGUUGAAGGUUCCACAUGACAUUUCUCCACACUUGGAUGAUUUUGUCCGCAUCAAAACUGGGAUGCAGAUUGUUAUACAAGCUGGAUUGCUUAAAGAUGGUUUUUGUUCUGUCCAAGAUGAGAGUGCUGGACUGGUUGUCUCCAUUGUCGAUCCACAACCUGGUGAGAGCAUUCUAGAUUGUUGUGCUGCUCCAGGAGGAAAAACACUUUUCUUGGCAUCCUGUUUAUAUGGAAAAGGUAUGGUAACUGCAGUUGACAUAAAUAAGGGGCGUCUGCGAAUCCUUAAAGAGACUGCAAAAAAGCAUCAAGUUCAGAAUGUUGUUACUGCUGUUCAUGCUGAUCUCCGAACAUUUGCUGAGAAUAACCAUGUCAUGUAUGACAAAGUUCUUCUGGAUGCACCUUGUUCCGGAUUGGGUGUGCUCUCUAAGAGAGCGGAUUUGCGCUGGAAUAGGCGGUUGGAAGACAUGGAACAACUUAAAGCUUUGCAAGAUGAACUUCUUGAUUCAGCUUCAGUGUUGGUGAAACCUGGUGGACUUCUAAUAUACAGCACCUGUUCCAUUGAUCUGGAAGAGAAUGAGCAGAGAGUUGCUUCGUUUCUUCUCAGGCAUCCAGAAUUUGUUGUAGAUACAGCUGACGGAUAUGUACCUCAUGAGUUUGUCGCUGAAAAUGGCUUUUAUCACUGUAAUCCUGUAAAGCAUUCACUUGAUGGAGCAUUUGCAGCUCGUCUUAUUCGAUCUUAUUGACUGAAGACUGGAUGGCACACUAUUAAGUUUCCUUAUUGCCUAUUGAAUCCUGCAUAAAUGGAUCAUCAUCAUUUGUUCCUUUAGGUAGCUAACAUUCUUCUUCGGCAAAGUAAAAAGGGCUUAAUGCUUCACUUGUUGACAAACAUGCAACCCCAUUUUUCGACUGAACUUCAUUUCUGUCCUUGUAAUUUGGUGAAGCAUUCACUUUCGAUGGAGCCUUUGCUGAUUGUCAUCCAUGAUCAAUAUAUGAUGAUUGCAUUAAAGUUCUUAAAUUUCAUUGGGGAGUGAUUGCUGGAGAUGGCUGAGCUGAGACAUGGUACAUGUAGUACAAGGGACACGCAAGUAGGAAAUUGUUAAGAAUACUGCAGCAACAGAGUAGAAGCACAGAACUGGCUCGCUUGGAAAGCAAUGAGUUGCAGUGCAGAGUCUACAGACUGCAGAAAUGGUAUGCACAUAGUAGGACGCAAAACUGAGGUUUCUCUCAAAUAUACUGCUUUGGUUUUUAGGAGAAUUGCUUUAGCUUUAACACUGGAGAAAACCAUUUAUCACAGUUUGCAGGCAUUGGUUGGGUGUAAAAUAUAUGGACUAUCUUGUAAUUUAAAUGACUCAGUUCAUUUAUUAGCAUUUGGUUGUUGAGGUACCAAAUGCGAGUGCUGUAGCUCA